UGAUCUAUUUAAACACUUAAUUAUAUCCUGAUUUUUUUGUUAGUUUUUAUUUUAUUCGACCAUUUAUUUAUAACGAUGGAUAAUAGAGACGAAACAGAAACUGCAAGCCCACCAGAUGAAACAUUUCCAUCACCAAUAAAAAAAAAUAAACGAGGAAAAAUAAUCAGUUUUGAUGAACGGUUAAAAAUCAUUAAUAUGUACAAGACAAAUUUGGAGAAAGAUCCUAAUGUGUCCAUAAGAAAUAUGAGACGGAUUAUUUCGAAAUCUAUGGGAAUUGGCGACUCAACUGUAUACAGGAUAAUCAAUGAAUAUAAGAAGAAAAACACAGUGACUUCUCCAAAACGCAAAAGGGUAAGAGAAAAUAUUUUCCAUUUAUAUGAUGACUUCUCGAGAAAUUCAGUCCGCAGACAUAUACAUAGUAUUUGGUUUCGACGUGAAAUUCCGACCAUCGAUAAAAUUCAUAGACUAGUGUCUAAUGACGACAGUUUACCAACUAUAUCGCGUACCAAUUUAUUUAAACUGAUAAAAGAUCUAGAUUUCCGUUAUUGUAAGCGAAGUCGUAAUAGUGCCCUAACAGAAAAAAACGAAAUCGUUUUAUGGCGUAGACGAUAUUUACGGACAAUACAAGAAUACCGAGAACAGGGUCGUCAAAUUUAUUAUUUAGACGAGACAUGGGUUAAUACUGGCGAAUGUCCAAAUAAAGUAGAUUCAACAUUACAAUCCCACUGUGAUGCAUUCCCUGAAGGGCUCUCAACCGGUGCUCCGAAUUCAAGUGAUGGCAAAUGUAAACGCCUUAUUGUUUUACAUAUCGGGUCUGAAGAUGGGUUUGUUUCCGGUGGGUUGUUAUAUUUUGAAUCGAAAAAAAACUCAUAUGAUUAUCAUGAUGAGAUGAAUGGCAAAACAUUUUAUGAAUGGAUGGAAAACAUUUUACCUCGACUACGAGACAACUGUGUUAUAGUAAUGGAUAAUGUGCCGUAUCACUCGGUAAAGAAAGAAAAAGCACCGACAUCGUCUACAAGGAAGGCCGAUAUAAUUUCAUGGUUACAAAAUAAAGGCGAAGUUGUUGAUAAUACUAUGGUUAUCCCAGAACUAUUGGACAUUGUUAAGAGAGUCAAGCCACUUUAUAAUAAGUAUGUUAUAGACGAACUCGCCGAAGCUAGCAAUAAAACAAUUUUAAGGCUACCUCCUUAUCAUUGCGAGCUCAAUCCCAUCGAACUCGCAUGGUCAUCCGUCAAGAAUCACGGUAUAAAACGAGUAGAUGGAAAGAUGUGGAAAAACUUUGUAGAGCAUACGAAAAAAGAAGAAAAAAAAUUUUGGCAGAUAGAUUAUAUUGUAGACGAAGUGUUGGAAUCGGAGAUAUCAAAUUUGACAAUGACAAUCACCGGAGAUACAUCAUCAGAUUCCGAGUCCGGCUAA